AUGUAGGCCCGUCGACGGCUGCUUAAGGCACACUUCCGAAUUCGAGCAGCUGCAUGCAUCCCGUGCAGGGACAAGGUGCGGUUUGCCGGGCGAAUUGGCUGUGUAACUAACAACGGCUCCGAAUAGCAAAGCAUGAGAUCUCUGCAUCGCAUCCUGAGGUCGUCAGAUCAGACCGGAGUUGCGGAGGGAUAAAGGACGCCCGCCAGGUGGUAUUUAUUAGGCCUCCCACCCAGGGCCGGAGAGAAAAGUGUCGAGGCUGCUUUGGAAACCUGGCGGGCCAGCAUCCAAACUCCCCCCUGGCAAAGACCCCGAGGCGCCUUUUCCCUGAUAGCCACUCAUUACCCCAAUGGAUCCACGGCUGCUAGUAUGCUGCUCGUAUCAAGAGGACAGCAAGACGCGACGAGACUCAGGGCAUCGGUGUUGGGCAUCCGAGACGCUUGAGAUCGGCAUAGCUGCUCUUUGCAGUUUCGUGACGUGGGAGUACACAAUUCAAAAUGAGGGGUCUCGAGAAUACAAUGACAGAUUACCCGGGCAGCAUAUCGUGGAAAAGCAUGCCGACGGUUCCAUCUUCCGACCAUCUCCUAGCCUCCUGCUCUUUUCCUGUCUGGUCUUCGGCUGCUGUGUCUCCUCAUUCACGCACCGGCGACAAACCGAGGAUCAGUACCAGGCUGUCGUUUAUGUCGUUCUCCUCGCAGGCGCUGCCGUUGCUGGGUACGCAGUUGGAGCAGACGUGCACCUGAUACUCCUGGGAUAUCUUCCUUGGGCAACAUGUGCAGCCAUGGCCCUCAGCAUCUCAGGCCAUGGUCUCUAUCGGUGGCUACAACGCGAUUCCAGACCUGCCCAAGGAGACGAGGAGAAGGUGCCGCUUAUGGGUUGA